CUUCUCUGACUUUAGAUUUAUCCCCCACUCUCCAGAGCCCAACCCUCCUGAGCCCAUGCAGCCCCUGCAGUCCCUGCAGUCCCUUACAAACCCUUCAUCCCUGGAGGUACUGUCUCUGCGAACACACUGGCCAGCUUGCUAAGACUUGCACUUUCAAGAUAUGCACAUGCAUUUCUAAGUCUUGGUGAAAAUUUUUGAUCAAUAAAGAUUUCCGUCCCCAGAAAGAGGGUGAAUCAUUUAAAGAUUUCAUUGAUUCUUGCCAGCCUUGAAAGUAAAACACAAUUUUACUGGUGCAAAGUUAAGUGCAUUCUUUACCUUCUAUGGAUUAUACCAUGUGACAUAAAAUGUUAAUAACUGGGGGAAAAUAUCAUAAAAGCAGUUGUUUUUAAUAUCUUUAUUAUGUUGAGGUGCUUUUGUUUCGACCUAUCAGUUGUCCCUAUGUGGGUUGCUUGGCAACACUUCUGGGUUCCGUGGAGGCAGGCAACACUGCAAACAGAGGUGGCUGCAUCCAGCAUGUUUCUGGAUGUGUGAGCAGAGCUUGGCUGUCACAUUACGCACUGUACACUAAUGAAUCUCAUUUGUUCUGCAGGGGAAAGAGCAGAUUUUACUGCAACUGCAAAAAUAUUAGUUAUUUUUUAUUGCAGCCUUGCAACACUGUGGCUGGUAGUGUUUGUUCUUCAUUCACACUAUUUUGCACUGGAGACACUGCCUGCCCCACCCUCUAUGUUAUUUCACCAUCCAGAAACUUUUUUUCUUGCAUCAGUUUCUAUAUUUGGAUGCAAAUAAAUUGCUACAUCAACCUUUGGUUCUUGUGCACUGGGUAUGCAGCAGCGGUUGGGUUUGGCAAUGCAGGUGUAACAGAUUGUUUUGUUAAAAUCGUGACAGCUGAUACCUGCUGUACAAUUUAUUUCCCAUAUAAAAGCAGUAUUGAAAAUUAUUUUAUAGAAGAGAUUUCUCAAGAGGAUAUACCUCCACAACAUAUUUCUGAGCACUUGAGCUAGGGUCAAAAACGUAGUGACAUUUGCAAAAAGAUUCAAAUUCUUUUAGGUCCAAAGACAUAAAAUAUUUGCCAUGUUUUUAGUUUCUCAAAUCAAAGUGAAAUUUAUAUAAACUGCAACAAACAUAAAGUUUUACAAAAAGUAAUGACAGAGCACACCGUUUAUGUAAGUUUAACCAAAAAAUUGCUUUUUUAAUCUGUUUUAAAUGUGCAAAUAUGUAUUGUUUCAAUUCCACAAAUCCAAAAUAAGAUAUAAAGAUGACCACGAAUAACCAUUUAUAAUAGAAUUGCUAAAAACUGGGAUGUACCACUGAUAAAAAGUUCUACUGGAACCUCCCUGAUGGUAUCAUCCGCAUUUGAAGAUGCUUUCAUGACCUGUAGGAAAUUACCACUUCAAUGUGAAUUUGAGAUUAACACAAGUGUUUAUGACAAUUCCACUUGGCCACAAAUGCUAUUGUAACUUUUCUUCUAGCUGCGUAGAUCAUGAAUUUAUUAAUUUUAUUCAGCUCUUUUAACCAGACUUUAAAGGUCAUCUGCAAGGUGUCCUAAAAUUACACUUAUCAUCUCCUUCCUCUGUUUUUUGUUGUCUAUGAAUAGAUUGUCAGUUAGUGUGAGAACACUUUUGCCACAUUAAUGUUCAAUGAAUAGACUACAUUGCAUUCAGACUUAUAACUGAAACAAUAGCUAGCUGAAAUUCUAAACUAUUAAAGCAACAAAUUAGUAUAUUUGACAUUUAGCCUAUUUGAUUGAUAUUAAGAAUUUAAUCAAAAACAAAAUUAUAUACUUAUUAUUUGGUGCAAGAAAGAACUUUCUGAUAUAUUUGCAAUUUUAAGAAUUUGUAGAACUUUGUCAAGUAAGUCUUUAAAUUUAAUAAAAAUAUUUAAAAAAUGCUUUUACUUUUUCAAACGCGGGUAUUCGUUACUUUGUCUAUGUUAGUAUUGUAGAGUGGAAAUGUGUUGUUAGGUCCUACUUUGGAUGUUUGUCAACAGUACAGUAGGCGCUUUCAGCACUAUGUAGUGAGAAUAACGAGCAGCACCUGAAUGCAGCAUUAGGCUCCAGCUUCCUCUCACCACGCAGCCAGCCGCCAGCGACGGUUUGAGUCCUAAACUACGGCGUGUGGCUGAGAGAGCGGUAACACACACCUGGGGAACCCGACAUGGAGGUGGUUUUCCGGGGACUCGGCUCUUGUGAAACGGUGAACCGGGUGAUGUGAACGGCAGCGGUCAGCCGUUAAGACUACGGCACAAAGACAGACAGCGGCGGCGUGAAUACAAAAGAAACCGCCGAGAAGAGGAUACGAUGUUGGGGACAGCAGCAAGAGGACGCGAAGGAGCGUGUUUCACAUCCAGACGCGCUUUAGUUCUAUGAAAUACACAUCCUCACCUUGAUAAGAGGUGUAUGAAAGACAAUCCUCCAGCAUUAUGUCGGAUCCGAGCCACUGGUCUGCGGUGCCGAACCAGAACAAGUCCCGUUUUGUUCCCGUGGCUUUGCUAAAACGCUCGAAAAGCUGUCGCAGCAGCAACAGGAAGAACCUCGGAGUCGGGACGCCCUCACCCACCCUGUCCCGGCCACUCUCCCCCCUCUCACUCAACACGGCUGUGAGCAGCCCUCUGGACAGCCCUAGAAAUGUGUCAACCAGUGCCUGCCUCAACUUUCCAUUUGCCCGAAGCCACUUGGCUCGUGCCGACAGAGCUGAGGGCCGUCGGUGGUCUCUGGCUUCCCUUCCCUCAUCUGGCUAUGGAACCAACCCGCCAAGCUCAACCGUCUCGUCGUCCUCGUCCUCUCAGGAGCGUCUUCACCAGCUUCCCUACCAGCCGACACAAGACGAGCUGCACUUCCUUUUCAAGCACUUUCGCAGCACGGACAGCAUCACGGAUGAGGACGGACGGCCCUCGCCACUCUUACGACCUCGCUCAAGGAGCCUCAGCCCCGGCCGAUCAAGUGUCUCCUUUGAUAAUGAGAUAGUCAUGAUGAACCAUGUUUACAGAGAGCGUUUUCCAAAGGCCACGGCCCAGAUGGAGGAGCGCUUGUUGGAGAUUGUCACGCACUACUCUCCAGACAGCUCCCUCCCGUUGGCCGACGGGGUGCUGGGCUUCAUCCAGCACCAGUUGGUGGAGCUGGUUAGAGACUGUCUGGACAAGUCCCAGAAAGGCCUGGUGACGUCCCGCUAUUUCGCUGAGCUGCAGGAGAAGCUGGAGAAGCUGUUUCACGAGGCCUACGAACGCUCUGAAAGUGAGGAGGUAACUGUCAUCACCCAGCUGGUGAGGAAGAUCCUCAUCAUAAUCUCCCGACCAGCUCGCCUCCUCGAAUGUCUGGAGUUUGACCCAGAAGAGUUUUAUCACCUGCUUGAAGCAGCAGAGGGUCAUGCCAAAGUGGGUCAGGGGAUAAAGACGGACAUCCCACGCUACAUCAUCAGCCAGCUUGGUCUGACCCGAGACCCGUUAGAAGACAUGGUGCAGCUGGAGCACGAAGCUGCUGCUACAGUUUCAGUGGAGCCAGACGCUGCUGUAGAGAAGACUCCACAGACGCUGACUCCGACUCGAAGAAAACCACUUGAGAGUGAUUUUGAGACCAUUAAACUCAUCAGUAACGGAGCCUAUGGUGCGGUGUACCUGGUUCGCCACAAAGAGACACGGCAGCGGUUCGCCAUGAAGAAGAUAAAUCGCCAGAACCUGGUGCUGAGGAACCAGAUUCAACAAGCGUUUGUGGAGCGAGACAUCCUCACCUUUGCUGAGAACCCCUUUGUUGUUUCCAUGUUUUGCUCUUUCGAGACGCGACGCCACCUCUGCAUGGUCAUGGAGUAUGUUGAAGGUGGGGAUUGUGCCAACUUGCUGAAGAACAUGGGCCCGCUGCCUGUGGAAAUGUCCAGGAUGUAUUUUGCUGAAACAGUUCUGGCCCUCGAGUACCUUCACAACUACGGAAUAGUGCAUCGUGAUCUUAAACCUGACAAUUUAUUGAUCACAUCGAUGGGUCACAUUAAGCUGACAGACUUUGGUUUGUCUAAAAUCGGCUUGAUGAACAUGACUACAAACCUGUACGAGGGUCACAUGGAAAAAGACACGCGAGAAUUUAUUGACAAACAGGUGUGUGGCACUCCAGAGUACAUCGCCCCUGAGGUGAUUCUCAGACAGGGAUAUGGGAAGCCAGUGGACUGGUGGGCGAUGGGAAUCAUCCUCUACGAGUUCCUGGUGGGAUGUGUUCCGUUUUUUGGAGACACUCCUGAGGAGCUUUUUGGCCAAGUUGUCAGUGAUGACAUCAUUUGGCCAGAAGGAGAUGAUGCCUUGCCUACUGAUGCCCAGGACAUGAUCACCCGGCUGCUGAGGCAGAGCCCGUUAGAACGACUGGGGACAGGCGGGGCCUCAGAGGUCAAACACCACCCUUUCUUCCUGGGUCUGGACUGGAAUGGACUCCUCCGACAAAAGGCAGAGUUCAUUCCUCAGCUGGAGGCAGAAGAUGACACCAGCUACUUCGACACUCGUUCAGAUCGCUACCACCAUUUGGCAUCUGAUGAAGAUGAAGAAACCAACGAUGAGGAGUCAUCUUUGGAAAUCAGACAGUUUUCUUCCUGGUCACAUCGCUUCAGCAAGGUUUACAGCAGCACAGAACAUCUGGCGACACCGUCCAACCUGAGCUUCUCUUCAGACCGCAGUCACAGUGAGGAAAAAGAGGACAGAGGGGACGUUGGAGGAUUGUGUUUGUCCCCGAUCCCAGCUGAUGGCAGUAUGGAAAAAAGGCAUUCGGGACGCAUGGCCUGCCUUCGCCCUCGGACCUCCUCCAGCUCCUCCCAGUCUGAACGGAGCACAAGUCCUCUGGUGAUGAGCAGCACCCACAGCCUGGAGACGAUGCCUCGCUUCGCCCUUUCUACUGAUGACGAGGCUGAAGUGGUGGUGUCAAACCUCAGGAGGAUCCGGAUCCGUAGCAACAGCACCGGGGCCAAACACUCGUCCCCCAAGGACCCAACGGGCCCUCGGCGAUUCGGUAACCAGCUGGAGACACCAGACAGACAGAAGCUUCCCUGUGGAGGAAAAGUUCCCAAAUCAGCCUCCGUCUCGGCGCUGUCCCUCAUCAUCACCACAGACGACUCACCCGUCGGCCUCCAGCCCAGCCCCAUCUCCCCGCGUUCACUGUCUUCCAACCCCUCAUCCCGGGACUCGUCCCCUAACCGGGAUUUCUCCUUAAGCCCCAGCAGCUUAAGGCCUCCGAUUGUCAUCCACACCUCAGGGAAGAAGUACGGCUUCACCCUGCAGGCCAUCAGGGUCUACAUGGGUGACAGCGACGUCUACACUGUGCAUCACAUGGUGUCUAGUGUGGAGGAGGGCAGCCCAGCUCACCAGGCAGGCCUCCACACUGGAGACCUCAUCACCCACGUGAACGGAGAGCCUGUCCAGGGCCUCGUGCACACAGAGAUGAUCGAGCUGCUGUUGAAGAGUGGCAGCAAGGUGGCUCUCCAGACCAUAGCUCUCGAAAACACGUCGAUAAAAGUCGGCCCAGCUCGAAAGACCAAGCACAAAGGGAAGAUGGCUCGUCGCAGCAAGAAGAGCAGAAAGAGAGAUAAUUAUGACAGGCGAAGGACCAUCCUAAAGAAACUGUCCAAGCAAAGCACAGUGAUGCACAGUAGUCGCAGCUUCUCCUCGGGGCUUCAUCACUCCGUUUCCUCCAGCGAGAGCCUCCCGGGCUCCCCCACACACAGCCUGUCCCCCGGCCCCUCAACACCCUGCAGGAGUCCCGCACCAGAGCAUCCGGGCUGUGACAACUCUCCUCAGAGCACAUCUCCAUGCUCCAGCUCUCCCAGUUCCCCGGCCACUCACAUCCGACCCAACUCUCUCCACGGGCUGGGCUCCAAACUCAGCACGCAGCGGUACACAAAGGUGGGUCGGCGGAAGUCGACCAGUAACAUCCCCCCCUCUCCUCUCGCCUGUACCUCCUCUUCAUCCUCCACCCAGCCUCUGUCCCCACAACGAUCACCUUCCCCACUUCCAGGCUUCGCCAAAGCUCUUCACACUUUUCACGGUAAAACUUUAUCGCCCCCCACUAUCGUCAGACACGUGGUUCGUCCCCGCAGUGCAGAGCCACCUCGAUCUCCUCUGCUCAAGAGGGUGCAGUCAGCGGAGAAGCUGUCAGGUGUGUAUCAUGCUGACAAGAAAUCCUACACCCCCCGCAGGCACACGCUGGAAGUGCCGUUUUAUGGUGAGGGUGACUUUUUGGGUGAUUUGGAGGUAGAUGGAGCCAGUGGAGCUUUUUACAUCGGUGCAGACCACAGACUGGGGGGCUACAUAAGCAGCCAAAGACUUCGGGACUCCGGCACAGAACGAUCAGAGCAGCUGGUUGUGAUGAGGAAGCUCAACCUCUCAGAGCGCAGAGACUCUUUUAAAAAGCAGGAGGCUGUGCAGGAAGUGAGCUUUGAUGAGCCGGAGGAAAAAAGCAGCAGCGUGACGACAGGUACCACCAUGGCUCCAGGAGUCCCAGCACACCCCCAGCAGCAGCACAGGAUGGCCUGGAUGGUCACUCGGCCCCAGAGUCGGGAGGAGGUGGAGCUGGAGGUGCCCGUGGUGAGGAGGUUCACGCUGGUGCCCCAGAUUGCUGUUCAGGGCUCCACGGAGAGCGAGGAGCAGGAUGAGUGGGAGCCAUGCUCAGAUGGAGAGGAAUCCAAUGAGAACACGGAGCUGGAGGUUCCUUCAUCCCAACAGCAACAAGGAGGAUGUCCGCUCAAAGACAGCUUUCAGGUAGCAGGAAUUACAUCCAUCAGUCACCAAGACGUACCAGCAUCGGGAAGUGCCGAACGCAGUGAGAAAACGCCACAGAAAGAACUCGUGAGGAAGUGACAUCAUCGCUGUUCUCUUUUCUGGUCUCUGUUCCUUCUCCAGUGAAGCCGAGCUGUUUUAGACCCACAUACCUGCGAGCUGUAACUUUAGUUACAAGCUGAUCUGGCUGAAGCUUUUACUUGAAUUUUGUAUUUGUCCUUCAUUUGCCUUCAGGCAUCAGAAGACUUUGUCAUAUUUAUUAGUUUUGUAAAGUUUGAAAUUGUAACGAGGAAAGAGGGAAGUUCUCAUUGUUUAAAUAGCCAAGGUUUGAACAUUUUGUAUCCAUGAAAUGUGGUUUUAUGUCUUUUGAAUGGGUUUUUUUCUAAAAAUGUCUAUUUUUCAGUUACGUUGUAGUGGCUCAAGGAUAAUGCUGGAAUCUCAUUGGACCAAAACAAGCAAAAGUUAUUAAAGCGGUCAGGACUUAGUAGAACGUGUCUGUUUUUGUAGAUCCGAUAUCGACUGUCAAAAACUUUUAAAGUCACAUCACGAGGAGCGUGAUGGGUUUGUUGUGGAAGCAUCCUACAGGUUUUUACUCGGAUCUUUGUUUUCGUUGCUUUCACGCCACUACAACUAAUAUUUAUAUUAAUGACAAAUCUCAUGCCACUGACUUGUUUUCCACGCUCCUUACAGAAGUCUGAGAUGCUGCUCAGCUGUGACAGCUUUAAUGGAAACAUGAUGAAGGCAACUUGAAGGGUUUGAUGUGCCAUGGUCUCAGAGUGCUGUCCUCUUAAGCCAUAUAUUUAAUAACUUCUUGUGUAUUUAGUUUCUUCUUCACUGGUUUUGUUUUCUUUCAAACGCAGAAUUAUCACUAAGCUUUGGAUGUCGCUGCUUUUCGAGGUCAUCUGAAUAAUCGAUGCAUUAGCGGCACAACUUGUUCCACUCAGAUGGAAACUAAAGGGGAUUGCCUGUUUUUGUUCAAAAGAUCCUGACGUUUGUUUUGCUUCUUUCUUUUCUGGUGAUAAUUUUGAAUUUGGGGAAUGUUUUUGUUCGUUUGUUUCCAACGAGCAAAACCCAAACUGCUUGUUUUCUGUUAUUUUGUGCAAAACCACUCCCGAACAACCCGUUGUUACUUCCUGUUGUGCAGUCAAGUUUACAUCAGAAGGGAAAGUGCAUUAUUUCGACGUUCAGUACGCUGUGUCUUGAAACGCGAUCAGCAAAAAUUGGAACCGUCACAUUUUCAGCGAUUUCAAAUCCAGGGGUUCUUUGAUCAAAAGUUAUUCAUUUUGUACAAAUAUCGAUGUAUAUUUUGGUAUCGAGGCUUUGUAUUAAUCCAAAUAUGACGAAGGUAAUCAUGGAUGCACGGUGGCAAAAUGUGGAAUCAGGAUUUUUGAAAGUUCUGUUAGAACAAGAUGAGUAUUUCACAUCUACGCACAUUUGAAGUACACGACCUUUGCCCUUUAGAGAGCCGAGGUUUUAAUGUUCGUCUCAGUUUUCAAUCCGUGAUUCUGGUUUUGUACCAGAUGCUCUUGUAUUGUUUUUAUGAAGCAUCAGAACUGUUAACGUGUUUCUAAAACUCCUAUUCUUCCUUAAAAGUCCUUCAGUCUUGUGAUGACGAGCAUACACGAUGCUGAUGCUGCUGUUUUUGGUGAACUGGACAGGUCGCUGAAUGACUCGGUCGUUCCUGCAGCCUGACACGACUGUUUACAAUGAAACAACAUGAGAUGUGAUGUACAAACACGUUAUAUCAUGUGCUCAAAAUGAUAAAACAAUCCUCUUUGAUACCAUGAAAGAAAACUACGCACAGACGCUGCAUAUCUGUUUACAUGGAGUGUUUUCUUAAGGAGUGAUUUAGUACCAAACAAAAUGGUGCUUUUGUAUGUUUACAUCCACAUAACAAGAAAUGGUGAUACACUUACUGGCUAAAACCUGGCUCGAGUUGCAGAUUUUAGUUUCUGUUUUAGCUAAAAUUGUGAUUUCUAAACUUGUUACAGAUGCAAAUAAGGGAAAUAGUGGAGCCAUAGCUGGCUGAAUCAUGAAACAGUUUGUAUGAGGGGGCAGAUCUGAAGAAACUAGUCAAAUAUAGGAAAAACAGCGCUACACUGAAUCAGUUCCAGCUGUAAAUGUUUCCGUGACAACCAGUUUUUUCAGGUGAAUGUAAACAUACUUCAUCACUGUGCUGAUCUCCACCAGUUGGAAGUUUAGUGUCGCUGUCGUCAGGCCGGCUGAAGGUCAGCUGCCGUUUAACAAUCUCAAAAAACAAACUGGCAGGUCAAGCUGUUGUACAUGUGCACGUGUUCUUCUGUGGUCUCCUGAUCAGUGCAUGCUGCAUGACACAAACACACAGCUGUAAUACUUGACUGCAUGGUAUACCGGCAUUGUUGCCCUGUACUGUGUUUUCUUGUGCUAAGAAUAAACUUUGUAUUUCUC